AUGGAUGCGAUUAUACGGUCCGACUUCAUGAACGAUGAAGUCGAACAUCCAUACUACCCAGCAUUUGUCAUCAAUAAGCCCUCCGAAGCUCCCCUAAUGCAAGACUCGGCAUACUCCUCCCCGCGACCAUCAUCUUCAUGGCUCUCAUCAGAGAGCAUGAGCGAUAGCUGUAGCGGCACAUGGUCUUCUCCUACCCCAAGUGUUACCUACUCUCCCUCUCCACGACCGACAGACUAUCGCAACCACUAUUCUGCAUGGUUACAAGCAAACUCGGGACAUGGCAUGCUGCCUUUCACCUCGCCGAUUCAAAUUCAGGGUCAGCCCGACGUUUCCGCAUACUAUCCGCAAGAGCUCGUUUGCCAUCCUUACUACCAGAAUCAAUGCUUCCAGCCUCAAGUCUCCGAGGGAAAAGCACUGGAGACCUUUGGUCUAGGAGGAUGGGCGACAAUAGAAGGCUCUCAAGCCCAUCCAGAGCAUAUCAUGGAGCCAUCGCCAGCCCCUUCGUCCACAAUCACCCCUUCCAUCAAGUCUUCCAACGAUUCGUCCAAACAACCCAUCUAUCCUUUCGUCAAGCAAGAGGAACCUGCAGAGUAUCAUCAUAUCUGCUCCAAUCCAUCUCCAAGGAAGCAACAAGCCAACAAAGCAAAGACAGCAUACCCCUGUCCUUUCCUUCCUUACGGCUGUCCGGCAUCCUUCUCUUCCAAGAACGAGUGGAAACGCCACCUCAACACUCAACAUCUCUCCCUCAGUACAUACCGUUGCGGCCUUUGCGUCCCCAAACUCUCUGCCUCUUCCACUCCACCACAAACAAACGACUUCAACCGUAAAGACUUGUUUAUUCAACAUCUACGCCGCAUGCACUGCGAGAGCUCGUCAGAAUCCACGUCCACGGUCUCCAACAUCAAGACGGCAAGAUACAACUGUAUUCCUAUUCCCAACACGCCCGAGUCGCUGUCCGGAGAAGCUGAUCGCUGUUAUAUCGCACCACCUUUGCCUCCUGCUUGCACGCAAUGUAUCUUUUGCUGUUCUACGUUCUCAGGCCCACAAGCUUGGAUCCAGCGUACAGAACACAUUUCUCACCAUCUCGAGAGACUGCGUCGAGACGGGCUAAAGGUGCCCAAGGUGGAGAACUGGAGAAGAGAUGUUGAGCUCGAGAGGUGGUGUUUGGAAAUUGGUGUGCUUGUGCUUCAUCGCGGGAGAGAUGGUGUGGGCAGGGUUCGUGUCAAGAGUGGAAGGAGAGUGUGA